UCGGCGGGCGGCGCGGGGGCGGGGCCGUGGCGCUGGAGCGGCUCGUUGUGUGCUGCGGACCGAUCGCCUCCCGCUGCCCGGGUCCGGCCGCCGCCGCCGAAGAUAUAUUGUAAAAUGUCCAAUGGUUAUGAAGAUCACAUGGCUGAAGAUUGCAGGGAUGAUAUUGGUAGGACAAAUUUAAUUGUGAACUACCUUCCUCAGAACAUGACGCAGGAUGAAUUACGGAGUCUGUUCAGCAGCAUCGGUGAAGUGGAAUCUGCAAAACUUAUUCGGGACAAAGUUGCAGGACACAGCUUAGGCUACGGCUUUGUGAACUAUGUAACUGCAAAAGAUGCUGAAAGAGCAAUAAACACACUGAAUGGCCUCAGACUGCAGUCAAAAACUAUCAAGGUUUCCUAUGCCCGCCCAAGUUCUGAAGUUAUCAAGGAUGCUAAUUUAUACAUCAGUGGCCUGCCCCGCUCAAUGACGCAGAAGGAUGUAGAAGAUAUGUUUUCCCGUUUUGGGCGCAUCAUCAACUCACGUGUGCUUGUGGAUCAAACCACAGGUUUGUCCAGAGGGGUCGCAUUUAUCCGGUUUGACAAAAGGUCAGAAGCAGAAGAGGCAAUUACAAAUUUCAAUGGUCACAAACCCCCAGGUUCCUCCGAGCCCAUUACAGUGAAGUUUGCAGCCAACCCUAACCAGAACAAAAAUGUGGCACUGUUGUCGCAGCUGUGUCAUUCACCAGCUAGACGGUUUGGAGGGCCAGUGCAUCACCAGGCACAGAGAUUCAGGUCAGCAGAGAAUCAGGAUCUGCCACCGCCCUGCUCUUGGCAGAGAGCAGCUCGUGUACCGCUUUUAAGGGGUUUGCAAAUCACCAGUGGUACACCUCAAUUUGGGAACCCCUGGUUCUCUCCUAUGGGUGUAGAUCACAUGAGUGGGCUUUCUGGUGUAAAUGUUCCAGGAAACGCAUCUUCUGGCUGGUGUAUCUUCAUCUACAACCUUGGUCAAGAUGCUGAUGAGGGAAUCCUCUGGCAGAUGUUUGGCCCCUUUGGUGCGGUUACCAAUGUGAAAGUUAUUCGAGAUUUCAACACCAACAAGUGCAAAGGUUUUGGUUUUGUGACCAUGACAAACUAUGAAGAAGCUGCAAUGGCCAUAGCAAGUCUUAAUGGCUACCGCCUGGGGGACAAAAUCUUACAGGUUUCCUUCAAAACCAACAAGUCCCACAAAUAACUUGCUCAUGCUUUUUGUAUGGAAUAGAUAAUGGAGUGACAGAAGUUGAGACAUUUUUGUUAGUGUAAAACUCAUUUUGCGCCAAUUUUCACAAGUGUUUGUCUUAGUCUAAAUGAGAAGUGAAAAGGUUUUAUAUUCUGGGAUGCAACUGACAUGUUCAAAUGUUUGAAAUCCCACAAUGUUAGACCAAUUUUAAGUUCCUUUAAGUUAUUUCAUUUAAAACAUGUUAAAAAUCCCCUGAAAUCUUAAGUAGAUUGCAUUAACUAGAUCCUCUGGAUGGUGGUAAAAUUGAAGCAUGCUUUCACUUAUGAGACUAACAUUUGUUUCAUUGAAUGUUGUCUGCAAAAACUGGAAUUUUCUGAAAAAUAUCAGGCUGAAUUCAUUGAUUUUUCUUUGGUUUUAUGUUGUUCUUCCUACCCAUCCCCCUGUCCUUUUGUUCCCCCUCAGUUUCAGUAGUAUGGAAGAAAAGUUGAGAAAUACUAAUGUUUUAGUUGACAGUAAAUUGUUUGAUAAAUUAAUAUUCAUUACUCUGUGUCUAGUUGAGGAUCAGGCUUUUUAAAGUCAAGGUCUUGUAAGUAGUAGCAUGCCAGCCUAACUUUAACACCAUUGAGGAGGUAAGUUGCACACUGAGCAGUGGCCAAGCUGUCCAAUUCACAGGUUCUAGAAACGUGACUUUUAAAACCCACUUUGAGAGGAAUGGACCAAAGAGUUUCUUUGAAACUCCGGGAAGAUUUCAGAGUCAAAAUGAAACUCCAAAAAAGCGAGUGUGAAUAUAUGUUGCUACUUUAUCAGACUGAAUCUCUUCUGUCCAAAUAUUUAAUGCAUGGUGCACUACUUACUGGUACAUUAUAAUGCAGCAAGAUACUUACUCAUUUUCCAAGAUCAUUGUAGUUGGAAUUCCUUUGGCAGUUCUAUUUUGUAAAGAAAAACCAGUUAUAAACAUUUGAGCAUUGUAUUUCUCGCAUCCCUUCUAAUGAGUGCUAGUUUUUCUAUUUUAAUAGGAUUUUGUUUUGACAACUAGCUUUACUUACUGAACACUCAGCAGAAAAGUACUUACAACUUGCAAGUUAGAUAUUAACCAAAAAACCCCUUUGAUUUGUAGAUUUAAAGAUUAAUUCCCCAGGUUUUCUGCAGACUGCCUUGAAACUUUGAGUUGUUCUGUUUCUGUUAAUUUUCUUUUGCUUUUUUGUGUUUUUUGUUUGUUUUUACUUUUGCAUUUAAGAACAUUAAAUUUGAUUUUGUUUUGCUCAAA